ACCCGUGUAGACACGGUCAGCCCUUGCGUAAUUCGAUCGUGUUCCUUAGUAAACGCCAGCUGCAAUUUGGACAUGUGGCAACAAUAUGCAAUUGAACUUUUUUUGUAGUACUUUGCUCUCCCCGCAUGGGCCAUGGGACUCUCCAGGGGGAUACGAGAGCCUACAAAAGCUUUGGCCAACUGCUUAUUUGGCAGAAAGGUUUUCCCAUUAGCGCGCCGUCCCCACGCACCUGGCGACCCGCCCACGUCGUCUGUUACUAUUGGUCCCUGGUACAGGUGUGCAGCUGACAGCUGGUAGCUGAGCGUUUCCGCGUUCGGUUAUAAAUCAAAAUCUCGGGGCUCCGGAGGGUCAAGAGAAAUCCACAGCUUGUCAUUUUUGCACCGAGUUUUCCCAUAUAUUCCUGCCCUCUACCGUCGUCGUUUGUCUGCUUGCCACAGCACCUAUGUUACGCAACCAGACGCUCCUCCUUGCGAAGCGUUCGCCCAUCGUAGCCCGGCCGACUUCGCGAGGAUUUGCUAUGUCGCAGAGACUGCAGAACACGAAAAAAAUCAUCGUAAAGAAUCCUGUCGUCGAGCUCGAUGGCGAUGAGAUGACCCGUAUCAUCUGGAAGAAGAUCAGGGAAGAGCUUAUCUUACCUUAUCUUCAACUUGACAUCAAGUAUUAUGAUCUGGGUUUGGAAUACCGUGAUGAGACUAACGACUCGGUGACGAUUGAAGCCGCCAAGGCCAUUCAACAAUACAAGGUCGGCAUAAAAUGUGCAACGAUUACUCCAGACGAGGCCCGUGUCAAGGAGUUUAACCUGAAGGAAAUGUGGAAGAGUCCCAAUGGUACAAUUCGUAACAUUCUUGGCGGCACUGUCUUUCGCGAACCCAUCAUCCUGAGUCGGAUUCCUAAGCCUGUGCCGGGUUGGAUAAAACCAAUCGUCAUUGGCCGUCACGCUUUCGGUGAUCAAUACCGCUCAACCGAUUUCCUCGCACCGGGACCUGGAAAACUGCAGCUUAUCUAUACCCCAGCCAACGGAGGACCACCAACCGCUCUCGAUGUUUAUGAUUUCAAAGGAAAGGGGGUAGCUAUGGCCAUGUAUAAUACAGAUGAAUCCAUCACCGGUUUUGCACAUUCGUCCUUCAAGAUGGCACUGUCCAAGAAGAUGCCUCUGUUUAUGUCGACUAAAAACACAAUAUUGAAAAAAUACGACGGACGGUUCAAAGACAUCUUCCAGGAGGUUUAUGACACGCAAUACAAGGCAGAAUUCGAGAAACUCGGAAUCUACUACGAGCACCGUCUAAUCGACGACAUGGUGGCACAAGCCAUCAAGUCGUCCGGCGGCUUUGUAUGGGCGUGUAAGAACUAUGACGGUGACGUCCAGUCCGACAUUCUAGCCCAGGGCUUCGGCUCUCUCGGUAUGAUGACCAGCGAACUCAUCACCCCUGACGGCCAGGUCGUGGAGAGCGAGGCGGCGCACGGAACCGUCACUCGGCACUACCGGGAGUAUCAGAAGGGGAAGGAGACAUCGACGAACCCUGUUGCGUCGAUAUUCGCAUGGACACGCGGCUUGCUGCACCGUGCGAAGCUGGAUGACAAUGAGCCUCUGAGGCUCUUCUGCCAAGAUCUCGAGGUUGCAUGCGUCGAGGUCAUUGACGUGGACGGCAUCAUGACCAAGGAUCUUGCGUUGGCUAUCUAUGGUAAGGAUAUGAAGAGGGAGCAUUGGGUAGUGACGAACGUGUAUAUGGAUGCUGUGAACGAUAAAUUAAAGCAGAAGUUGGCUGCCAGAGCUGCCAAGCUGUAGGCUUGCGCAUCUUGUGAUAAUAUCUGCACAUAUCAUACCACUUGUAUCUCACAGACAGCUCGGAUAUCAAUUGUUGUAUUCCCAC